AAUGUCAUUUCUAUUAAAACAUUGGUUUAAUAUCGGAAAUAUUUACCAAACAGUUCAACCGGCGUGUCGCAGUAUGAAAUGGUUUGGCUUCAUGCCCUUCACGAUGGUGGCAACCGGAAACGACAAAAACAGCGGCGGAACAACGCCACCCACCCCCGUCACUCUCACGGUGAAACGAACCGAUGCCCUGCUGUUGCUCGGUUGGCAAAUCUACAUCCUCUCGAUGUGCAACUCCGAUUGGAUUUCCGCCCUGUCCAAUGCACCCAUGUCGAAAAUCAUGAUUUACUUCACCAUUUUGAUGUACGUCAUCGAGGCGAUCUUUUGCAGCACCAUCCAGCUGCGAACGGCACUCUGCCGGAGCAAGAUAGACGAGGUUCUUCGACUGGUCAAGUUUACGGAUGAUAUGCUUGCAAAACUCGGAAUCGCAGUCAAUCAUCGGCGGCACCAUCUGGGACUGGUUUUGCUGAUCUCAGCCACGAUAGUCGGUGCUAUUUUAGUGACGGUGACGGAACUCACGCUUUCAUUUUCCUUCCAUGAUCGGAUUUCCCCCAUUUGGAAACAAUUGGUUUCUACCGGAGCAAUGUUUUACUACCACGCACUUCGAACUGCCCAAAUUUGUCCGCUGGCGGUUUUCCUUGGUGCUAUGGUGGCGUUCAGGUCCCGGUUUAGAAUGCUGAACGAAUCGUUUCGGUCGUAUUUCGACAAAAAUUUUGGCCAUUUCGACGACGAGGAAGUACAAGAGCAUCUGAAGCUGAUUGCCAUUGGACAUGAUGUGCUGACUGAUGCGGUGGAUCUGUUCAACGAUAUAUUCAGUAUUCAAAUGGUCUUCGCCUGCUUUACCUACGUGGAGUUUUCCAUCUUCAGCAUGUUCUCCGUUGGAGCCCUCUUUUCAGGCCAUUCCACCGAUGUCCUGUUUCUAUCCUUGAUCUAUUCAAUUGCUUUCUUGUUCUACUCCCUGUACAUCAUCCCAAUCAUAAAAAUAAGUGCUGACGUCCAAAACGAGGGCAAACGGAUGGCCGUCCUGGUUCAUAAGGCCAUAAAUCAAUCACCACUUUCGGCCUGCUCCAUCAAACGGCUCCUGCUCUUCUCGCAACAACUGCAACAACAGACGCCAGCCGUUUCCAGCGGGAUGUUUUCUUUCGAUUGGACACUCUGCUUUUCGAUCCUGUCAACGGUGGCCACUUACACCAUGAUUAUGGUACAGUUCGAGCUGGAAGUGCCAAAGUUUUUCCUCAAUGCUCUGGUGAGUUCGACGAUGGAAAGAGACAUGGGCAAUGUGACGCUUCCGAUGGGGGUCGCUUCGAACAGCAAUGCAAACCUCGACGUUUAA